UGUCUGACAUAUGACGCCAAUUAUUUGAUAGAGACCAAUAGAGAUACACCAUGGCUCUCAGCCUUCUUCGUGAUUACAACAGCAGCGAUGAGAAUAGCGAGAACGAAAAUGAAUCGUUUACUCUUAAUAAAUUAACAACGCCUAUUAAUUUAAAUAUCUGUUCUGCUCCAGACGUCGUACCUAUGGGAACAGAAUUGUGUAUAAAACAUGUGGAUCCUACCACUACAGAGAUAACAUCCAAUUUAAAGUUCGAGGAACUUUUUGGACCAGAGAUUGGCCCAGAAAAUCCAUUCAAAACGCAGCAGCAGCGCGCAGUAAAAAAUAUGCUUUCUGGAUAUGUAGAAAAUGCACAUAUUAGUCCUUUUCAGUUUGAAAAUCAAAGAAGGACGUUUGCUAGUUAUGGAUAUGCAUUAGAUCCAACUGUAGAUGGUAGUGCAGAUGAAGGUAAAGUGAUAAUUGGCUCAAAAGAGGCUGCCGAAGAAUCAGGUGGUAAAACUGUUUUUGAAAAUACUACUCUAAGGCCAUCGGAUAAGCGAAAAAGGAACAGAAAUAGCGAUCCUUCAGAUAUAGAAGGUUUCUUAGGGCCUUGGGGAGGCUACACAGACGAAAAACGAGUUAUAAAGCCAAGUGAAGAAGAAGCUGCUGAAUUGGAAGAAAUACUAGCAAAACGAAACAAACGAGGAAAACAGAUAGAAGAAAAGCCACUUGAUGAAAAAACAGUAUUACACAUUAAAGACUACGUGGAUUAUCAAGGACGCUCGUUCUUACACGCACCUCAGGAUGUAGGCAUAAACUUGAAAUCGGAAUCACCUCCCGAUCGCUGUUUUUUACCGAAAGCGCAAAUUCACACUUGGGAAGGCCAUACAAAAGGUAUUUCGCAAAUUCGAUGGUUUCCACGAACCGCGCAUCUGUUACUGUCUUGUAGCAUGGAUUGCCGAGUAAAGUUGUGGGAAGUGUACAAGGAUAGGAGAUGCGUCCGUACAUAUUAUGGACAUCGUCAAGCGGUACGGGACAUAAGUUUCGAUAAUGACGGCAAACGAUUUUUAUCAGCGGCUUACGAUCGGUAUGUGAAACUAUGGGACACAGAAACGGGAGCUUGUAUCAGUCGUUUUACAAGUAGAAAAAUUCCAUAUUGUGCCAAGUUCAAUCCUGAUCCAGAUAAGCAGCAUCUUUUCGUAGCUGGUACAAGUGAUAAAAAAAUUAUUUGUUGGGAUAUACGUUCCGGUGAAAUUACUCAAGAAUACGACAGACAUCUAGGGGCUGUGAAUACUAUUACAUUUGUCGAUGAAAAUAGAAGAUUUGUCACAACGAGUGACGACAAAAGUUUACGAGUUUGGGAAUGGGAUAUUCCAGUGGACAUGAAAUAUAUAGCUGAUCCGUCAAUGCAUUCUAUGCCAGCAGUAACACCGUCGCGAAAUCAAAAAUGGCUUGCAUGCCAAAGUAUGGAUAACAAAAUAGUCAUAUUCUCGGCGCUAAAUAGAUUCAAAAUGAAUCGAAAAAAGACUUUUACGGGACACAUGGUCGCUGGAUAUGCAUGCGGUUUGGAUUUCUCUCCAGAUAUGAGCUAUUUGGUAUCGGGCGAUGCAGACGGAAGAUGUUACAUAUGGGAUUGGAAAACUACGAAAUUGUAUAAAAAGUGGAAAGCACAUGAUGGAGUUUGCAUCGAUGUCUUGUGGCAUCCGCACGAACCUUCCAAGCUCGUUACAGCUGGUUGGGAUGGAAAAAUUAAAUAUUGGGACUAAUAGAUUACUUGGUACUUUAAUUUUUAGAACUGCAUUUUAUAGACGCUCUUUUUUGUAUUUUAAGCCAAACUGUGUACAUAAUAAAUCAUUUAU